CAAUUGUGGCCAAGCAUUUGUUUUCCUACCACUACCUCCGGACUCUUUGCUUCUGGAGGCUCGCUCGAAAGGAAAUGCACCGCGCUGUUGGGCCCCAACCGUUGAGGGGCGCUGAACAUGCAAGCACCUCAGGGCGGCCGCACUAUCCUGCGUCGAGCGCUUGCAGGUUGAGAGGGCGCGAGAGCGCACGUUGGGCGCAGCUCGAAUCCCAGGCAGUCGCUGCUUUCGCUGCAGCUACAACUCACAGCUGCAGUCAUCGUGUUAGCUCAACGCGGAUAAGAGGACCGCAGCGCUUAAGAAGCGUCGAGGAUGAAGCUUCCGCAGUCGCUUGCGUCGAGGAAGGAUGGUGCAACGACGACAUUCACCCGCACCCGUCGCCACCAGAGGACGUUGACCCAAAGAGCUUAAUAAUGUCCGAGUGCACUGUUCAGGAGCUAGCCAGUGAAGUUCAGGCCCUCGUGCGGUUGGUGCAAGCGCAGCAGGACAUUCUUUACUCCCAAAAAGCGCAAAUCGACCAGCUAACAGAAACGCUUCUCGAGCAGGCGCAACGCUCCUGCACAGCAAGCAAACCGGGGGAGUGCUCGCAGCGACAUCUCAGCCCUUUUGAUUCACAACGCGUUGGCUACGGCGACCGCCGCUUGCUGGGCCUCUACGAUGCUCGCUUCCACUCCACUCACACCGGCGCCACCCCCUCCGACUUCCGCGUGCUUCCCUCCCGCAUCAUCCUGGUACGGCACGCGGAGAGCGAGGGCAACGUGGACAACCUGCUGUACACCACCAUGCCGGACAGCCAGGUGCCGCUGACUGCUCGCGGGCACAUGCAGGCCCGCGAGGCGGGUCGGGUGAUCAAGUCGCUGAUGGAGGCGGACCCGGGGCGGCGGGACGACUACCGCCUCUUCUUCUACAUCUCGCCGUACAAGCGGUCGCUGCAGACGUACGAGGGGAUAAGCUCCCAGUUCUCCAGCCACCACCUGCUGGGGGUGCAGGAGGAGGUGCAGCUAAGGGAGCAGGACUUUGGUAACUUCCAGGACGCGGAGGGCAAGCAGCACGAGAAGGCGGAGCGGCUGCGGUUCGGCAGGUUCUUCUACCGCUUCCCCAACGGCGAGAGCGGUGCCGACGUGUACGACCGCAUAACGCUGUUCGAGGACCACAUGGUGCGCGACAUCAACGCGGGGCGCUUCGCGGGCAACACGGCGCUGGUGCUGGUGACACACGGGCUGGCGCUGCGCAUCUUCCUCAUGAGAUGGUUCCACUGGACGGUGGACGAGUUCCUGUCGGUGUACAACCCGGCCAAUGCGGAUCCCCUGGUUCUGGAGCGCACCCCCAGCAGCACCCAGCCGGUGCCAGCCUGGCGCCACACCAAGUCGCUGUACCGGCUCACGGAGGGCAGCAUGCGCUCGCUGCGGGGCUGCAGCCCCGAGAUGUGCUCGACAGACACCCUGCCGCGCAAGUCACUCAAGGUGUCCACACGCCUCCUGUGAGCCGUGGGCGUGGCGAUGGUGGUGGUGCUGGUGGCAUGCGAGUGUUGUAGGGGAGUCAGGACGACGACUGAGGUGGUGGUGGUGGGAUGCUUGGGAAGAGGUGACCGCGAGGAGGAGUGUCGUAGUGGAGUGGGUUGUCGUAAGAUGGUGUCCCCCACCAAAACGCCACGGGAGACGAGGGGUGUGUUGUCGCAGGGGUGUCGUUGUGAGGUUGGGGUGUGUGUGUGUGUGUGUGAUGUUGCUCGGUG